AUGUGGACCCUGUCCAUUCCUGAGCAUCUGCUGGAGGCCACCAUGUGCAAGUCCUUCGGAGCCACCUUGUCCGGGCCUGCUUUACAGUGGCUGAUAAGUCUAAAGCCAGGUAGCAUCCAGAAUUUCGCUGCUUUAAUUAACAAGUUUUAUAUGCAGUUUGCCAGUAGUACGGUCCUAGAGAAGCAUACCGGCGAUCUGUACCGCAUCACCCAGAAGGCUAAUGAAGCUGUGAGGCAGUACCUGGACCGAUUCAACAAGGAGAUGAUCUCUGUCAAGAACCUAGAUGUCCCCACCGCUAUUGAAGCAUUCAGGAGAGGACUAACCUAUAAAUCUAGAUUGUAUUAUGAAUUGACCAGGUACCCAUGUGGCACGUUCGAGGAGGUCAGGGCCAGGGCUAUGGCUGAAAUACGCGUCGAGGAAGACGAGGCGUCCAGAUACGUGAGCGAGCCUAGCUACGAUCGGAAAUCCCAGAACCAGAAGAAGAAUGAUUGGCGCCACCAGCCAUAUCAGAAGCGCGAAAGUAAUAAUGUAGCCAGCAAGGCCACAGGUAAAUCAGCUAGUAACGAUUACCCUUCCAUUGCUUCCUAUUGUUUUAACGUGGAUGCAGGAGGCGUAGUAAACGCACUAGAAAAGCUGGGAACAACCGCUAGAUGGCCACGCAAGCGGUGUAGCUAUCAUGGCGACCAUGGCCAUCGAACAGAAGAAUGCAAUGCUCUCAAAAAGGAAGUGGCCUGGCUGCUCAAGAAGGGCUACCUCGAGCACCUGAUGGGGAAGAAGGGGCAGCGAGAAGACAAAGCUGGCCCCAGCCAGCAACAACCUCAUCCGCCACCUGAGCCCCUACACGAUAAGGUAAUCAAUUCUAUCUCCGGAGGUUCAGAAAUAUGUGGACUAACAUACUCUGCAGCCAAGAGAUUUGCCCGAUAA